UACCAUGAACACCAACUAAUUUCUUGUGGCAUGUCUUAAUUUUUUUUGUCCUCUACUUGUUAAGGGUUGUGUAUCUAAAUCCAUUCUGUCAAUAGAAAUCAUUAAAUUUAACUGUAAUUGAAAUUAUUAAUAUUAUCAAUGAUGCCUUAUUCCAACCAAUUUCCAUGGCUAUCUGGGUAUGCAGCAAAGUGAUUGUACAAGGUGAUCCCCAUCUAGGGGCAAUAAAAGGUCGGAUGUCAUUUCAAAGUUUUAAACCUUCUAUUGAUAAAUUGAAUGAAGAAGCAAGAAACCUUUGUCAACCAGAAGCCUCUACCACAUGUUCUGGCAAUCAAAAUGGAAGAAUGUCUGAUGGAGAAGACGAUGCCAAUGGAGAACUAAAAAGGAAGCAAGCCGAAGUAGUUUCUAAAACACAGUAUCCAAAUAAAUCGCAGAAAAAUGUUCAAGUUGAUCAAGAAUCAUCGCCAAAUAAUAGUAGAAGUUCUCACAAGCAACCAAAGCGUGAAAAGCUAGGUUGGAGUGUUCUAAGACCUCCAAAAGGUCAAAAGAAAGGAGAUUGA